GCGCGCGUUCCGUCCGGCAGGUAGCGCGUCGAUCGUGCGCUUUUCUAUGUCACGUUCGGCCGGCCGCAGGCAGCCAGCAAGGCCUCCUCUUGCUGCCUCCUGCCCUGAGCCCGUUCCUUGGUUGUUCCUCGUUCAGUGUGUGCCUGUCUCAUGGCGACGGUCGGCUGAAUACACGUACAACGACGCGCUCUUCCUUUGCGUCCUUCUAUCUUUAUCUCUCUCUCUUUCACACACACACACACUUCGCGCUUCAUAUCGCCGUCUUUGUCUUUUAACAUUAUUAUUAUUGUUGCAAACACUAUCAUCAUUAUUAUUAUUAGUAGCGAGAGCAGUAGAAGAGACUACGACGACGACGGUGGUGGUGGUGGUGGAGGCGAGCUGCAGCAGCCGAGUUUCGUUCCAUCUCUUAUUUAUUUAUUAUUUCUGCCCCCCUAACACAACAUCUACCCCCACCGCUGGACCCUUUUCAAUUCCCUCCCACCGAACGCACUUAUAUCAUUACAUUUUCUAUCCCAUUCAUUCAUUCCGAUUAUUAGCCACCUUUUUUCUUUUUUUUUUCGGGACAACACUCGGUCCGUCCAUCCCCACUCCCGCUCCUCAUUCGCUCUCGCACCUCUCCUAUUCAUUUCCGCUCCAUCAAACGACAACAACAGCGGCAGCAGCAGCAGCAGCAACAGCAACAACCCCUCGAAAGAAUAAGACUGGAGCGAGCAAAACAGAAAGUGAGAGAGAAGAUAGUAAACAACGGCAGUAGUGGAUUAAACGUAACCGUGGAUCCGAGCAGGCGUUUGCUCUCCUUGACGACGAUCCUCAUCUACUGUUGUCAUCGCGAUUCCUUGUUGAGGAAACGGUCAUCAUCAUCAUCGUCGUCAGAAGCAGCAGCAGUAGUGCUGCGAGGCUGAAGGAGUGUAGCAGCAGCAACAUCGGUGGAGCGGAGCAGCAGAGUUCGUUCGGUACGAUCGUCUUUCUUCUCUUCGGAUCCGGUGGAAGAGGAGGAGAGGUAGGCGCGCGUGAGUGGUGUUGUGUGUGUGCUGGCGGGCAGCAGUGUUUAGUGUGUUGUAUUUCUGUGAGUGCGGCCACGACGACGACGAUCAUGAUGAUGUUGAUGAUGAAGUUGCUGCUGGUUCAGUGCUGACGAAAACGGGGAAAACGGAAAAUGUUUUAUGUUUAUAUUUGUUGUGUAAAAAUAGUCCACGGAUUUAUCAUCAUACCCGACGCAUUUCACACGGACGAUAAUCAGAAGGUACGUUCGGCCCGUAGCCAGUCAUGAUGCCCCAGAUAUAGGUUCAAGCAAUGACAGACUUCCAAUCGAAAUGAAGCAUAAGUUGUUGGCUUGUAGUUGUCGCAAGAAGAAACAGCAGUGUAGAAAUAAGAGGAAAGAGAGUGAGUGGACGUGGAGAGAGGAAUCAUGAGCCGAAGACAGCAGAACCCCAGCCAUGUGUUCGACAGUGGUGUGUUCGAUAGGAAGUCACCCAGGCCACCGGUGCCUGGGGAGGAAAGGGUGCCGUACGUCUCGGAUUUUGGCCAGAUGGAAUAUCAUCCGUCGCCAAAAUCGGGACAUCCCAGGAAAACGGUCGUUCAAAAUGAUUACAAGAGUAGCAGCGAGUCGAUAGCAUCGCGCGAGGAACGAUGCUACGAUGGAAAUGCUUCACCGCUGGCGUGCCUUGAGUGGGCGAGAUCGCUCCACUGUCUGCUGGAGGAUCCGGAUGGCGUGGAUCUCUUCAAAGAGUACCUCAAGGAAGAGGGAAAGCCGCACGUGGAUGCGCUCGAGUUUUGGUUCGCGUGCGAAGGACUUCGCGAGCAGAGCGAGCCGAACCGAACCCAACUUAUUAAAUUUAUAUACAAGCGUUUUUUCAUUAAAUCCGCUCUUCCUAUUGGUGAAGACUGCAAGAGGGAGGUGACGAGACGGGUCAAGUCGUCGGAAGUGCAGAACGUUUACGAUGAGGCUCAGGCGCAGGUGGAACGUCACAUCAACUUCACCACCUACGCCAAUUUCAUUAAAAGCGACAAGUACCUGUAUUACAUUCAGACUGUCCAAAAUCCUACGGGCGGCGAUUUGAGAUCUUCCAGAGAAGCGAGUCUUGCGUGUAGCGUUGACCCUCUGCCGAUCAUCUACGAGGAUUCGGAAUUCAGUCAGCAGCAGCAGCUCGCGCAUGGUCACACUCCGGGUACCGGUUGCACCAGCACCGGCUACGAUACACCGACCCUCGACGGCCCCAUGAAAUUAACCAAGGACAUGCUUCUUCUCACGCAGAAGAAUCGCGCGAUGGACGUGCGACCUAAACCCGAGGCUUACGCCGCAAACAUGUACAGAGGUUCCGCUCAUCCAUACCAGUACAGUUCUUAUAAUCCUGUCUCGAGACAGGACAGUGAGAUACAGUCGCUCAGUUCGCACUCGGACGCCCGCACAGAAUCGGACAAAUUGUCAAGGACCGGAAGCUCCAUUGACGAGAGGCACAGGGCAGCGCGAAGGGUGCGACAGAAUGCGGCAAUGAACCGGGAGACGCACAUGCAGGAGACGCUGAUACCGAGGACGCAGCGGCAGGACAUGGAGAAGUGUCGGCCGCUGCCGCCCGAUCAGUUCGCCAACAUCCUCAUCGACAAGCUGGAGAACUUGAAGCGCAAUCAGGAUCAGCAGGAGAGGCUCCGUCGGAAGAUGAAGGAGAACGAGAACGCCGUCAACGUGAACGACAAGAGUCGACGGGGAGCGCAAUUCCGCGAGUUGGCCAAAGUGAUGAGGGAGCGACUGCAGGUCGAGGAUGAUACCGAUCAAGGCAUUUUGGAUGCGCACGUGUGCCGCGUUUUCCCAGACAAACCGGCCCGUCUCGACAAGGACGGUUUCUCGUUGUACAGUUGCGACUCUGGUAACGUGCACGACUACGCCGAGGGUUCCGAUCAUGUCAAGGUCAUGGUCAAGUCGAAGAGCAUGCCGGAACGCGACCGCUUCAUGCGUGGCAACAAUCCAAACAGACGGUGUAGUGUGACAUCAUCGAAGAAGACGUUGAACGAUUUUACUGACAGCGGCGUCUCCGUGUACUCUGAUGUGCCGCCGACAGCGCACGCCAAGAAUCAGAGGUUGUGGCACCAGGAUGUAGAUUGCCGGAACUCUGCGAGCUACACGAGCAGCGAACCUUCGUCGUCGUCAUCGUCGAAGCACCGACCGCAUCCCAUCAUGAAUGCGGCCGCUUCGCCCACCACCAAUAGGCACAUGCCCGAUCCUGGUAUGCCGCUGCUGCCGCCGCCCAACAUUGACGAGCAGCUGGAGGAGGCGCGCAGAAGACUGAAGGAGGAUGACAUGAGGACGAGAUCCAGGCAAAGAAAAUACUACCCGGAGAUGCAGACGCAGAGCAGCCAGUCGACGUUGAGGAAAUCGAUGCGGGGUCCGCGACCGAGCACCAACGACUCUGAAGAAGUGACAAGCGUCGUUUUCUCGUUUUGCGAUGAACGACUGCCCUACAGGACCAAGAUUCCUGGUAGACAGAUCACACUCAGGCAAUUCAAGGAGUAUCUACCAAAGAAAGGAAACUACGAAUACUUUUUUAAAACUGAAUGCGAGGAAUUGGACAAGCAGGCCAUCCAGUUGAAGGUUAGCAACGACACGGACGUCCUUCCGUUAUGGGAAGGCAGGAUUAACGCCCUCGUGAAACCGAUCGACUGAUCCUCCUCGACCUCGAGCAGCAACUCGUCCUCCACCACCUUCUCCGCGCCCAUCCAUUUCGCUGGAAGUGCGAAACGGGUGAACGGUGGCGGCCGACCGUUCGACCAAAAGAGAGCAAAAUACCACUAGCAUCACCGGGACCAGGACACAAUCUCGAUUAUGGGAUGCACAAUUUGCAGAAAGAUUGAUUGAAAAUGUGUUUUUGACUGUAUGUGUGUGUGUGUGUGUGUAAGAGAAAGAGAGAGAAUGCGUAGAAUAAGGAAAAGAGGAAACAGUGUGGAAGCGGACGAUUUUAUUUCAUGUAGAUAUUAUUUAUUACUUGUUUUUAUUCUAGUAGGCGCGACGAUUUUCCGUUUUGUUCAUUUCCUUUUUUCCGUGUCAUUUUCUACAUUAGUAGUCUGCUGUUGCGAUGUCGUCCACACGGUCUAAAAUCUUGGUUGUCUCGGUUUGACGACGAUUGUUGCAAUAUAUAUAUAUAUAUGUAUAUAUGAUGUACAUAUACUCCCAAACACAUAUACACACACACACGCACGCAAAUAUUACACGAUAUAAGAAGUGCCUUUUCUUUGAAACGUAAAGGAAAUGAUUUCCUUUAUAGGCGAUUUCACUUAGAGCUCUCUCUCCACAACUACUACUAGCAUUAUUUACAUUUACAUACUAUUACGACGACCUUUAUUAUUUCUUUGUUUUUUUUUUUCAAUAUUUAAUUUUAUCUCCUCUGACUCUUCGUUGUGAUACUUGGAAAACAAAA